GACCAGCCAAUUAAAAUUUUCUUCCUGCAGGUAGCAGAUUGGGAGCUGCAAUGCACUGUUGUCGGGCUGAAUUUCUGUUAAAAGAACACUGAUUUCUUUUUUUCAUACAGUGGAUGGGACACACUAUAUGACCCUGUCAAUGAAACCUAACUCAAGUUGUAAACACUGAUAACAAAGGUUUGAAUACCCAUAGGAACAGCUGACAGUAUUUCAGGUUGAAAUUAAAUUACCUUUGCCUCUUUGGUGACACAUCAUUAUCCAAUUAUGAGCCAAAAGGAUCCAUCUGAAGAAGCAGAAGGAAUCGAUGUUGCUUUAUGUAUGGUCUGUGGCCAGUCACAUCUGCCGGAAGAGAAUCACAUGUAUAGUUACACAGAAGAAGCAGAUGAUGACCUAAUUUGCCACAUUUGCUUGCAACCUUUGCUUCAGCCACUGGAUACACCUUGUGGCCAUACCUACUGCACGGUUUGCCUUACAGAUUUCCUUGUAGAGAAAGACUUUUGCCCUAUGGAUCGCAAAACUCUAACCUUACAGAGUUGCAGAAAAUCCAGCCUACUAGUAAAUAAACUCCUAGAUAAGCUAAUGGUUAGCUGUCCUUUUACAGAACACUGCUCAGAGGUUGUGCAGCGCUGUAACCUUGAACAACAUUUUCAAAAUGGAUGUAAAGGAGCAUCUCAUUAUGGCCUUACCAAGGAGCGAAAGCGACGUUCACAGGAUGGAUCUUCUGACUGUAAUGCUGCUUUAACUGUAGCAGCUCUUGGCCCUGAGCUUUCUGCUGCCGCCACUAUAGCCUUAAUGACAGAUGAGCCAGGCCUAAUUAAUCCAGCCUUCAGCAGCACCUCAGAGGACUGCCAGCCAGGAGCCAGCUCUGCAGAUCUCAACAGGAGCAAUCAAACUAGAACUCGACAUUUUGAACGUUCAACUAUAAGAAGCAGGUCUUUUAAAAAAAUAAACAGAGCUUUCAGUGUUCUUCGAAGGACAAAAAGUGGCAGUGCUGUAGCAAACCAUACUGAACGGGAACAAGAGAAUAUUGAAAAUAUGGUUGCUUCAGAGGAAGUCUUCCCAAGGUUAUAUCACCUCAUCCCAGAUGGCGAAAUUACCAGCAUUAAGAUCAGCCGUAGUGAUCCCAAUGAAAGCCUUGCCAUUAGGAUUGUGGGCGGCAGUGAAACACCAUUGGUUCAUAUAAUUAUACAGCACAUAUAUCGAGAUGGAGUCAUUGCCAGGGAUGGAAGAUUACUGCCGGGGGACAUGAUACUGAAGGUAAAUGGCAUAGACAUCAGAAACGUUGCACACAGCUAUGCCUUGUCAGUCCUGAGGCAGCCUUGCCAAGUCCUCCGGUUGACAGUACUCAGAGAGCAGAGGUACCGGUGUCGAAACAGCGGACUUUCUCUCGACGCUCCCUGCAACAGGGAUGACAGUUUCCACAUUGUCCUAAACAAAAGUAGUCCAGAUGAGCAGCUGGGCAUCAAGUUGGUCCGCAAGGCUGAUGAAACUGGGGUGUUUGUUUUCAACUUGCUGGAAGGAGGCGUUGCAGCCCGUGAUGGGCAGCUUCAAGAGAAUGACAGAGUUUUAGCAAUCAAUGGGCAUGACCUUCGAUAUGGAAGUCCAGAAAGUGCAGCCCAACUAAUACAGGCUAGCGAGAAACGGGUCCACUUCACUGUCUCUCGGCAGACUAGGCAGCAGACUCCUGAUAUCUUGCAGGAGGCUGGAUGGGAUUACAACAGUAGCCAUCUGCCCUGUCCUGCUCAGAGGAACAAUCCUAACAAGACUGUCCUCCAUGCAGUCACCUGUCAUGAAAAGGUGGUGGUUGUCCAAAAAGAUAAUGCGGAGUCUCUGGGAAUGACUGUGGCAGGUGGUGCCUCCUCUCACAGGGAAUGGGACUUGCCUAUCUAUGUAAUAAGUGUUGAACCGGGUGGAGUCAUCAGCAGAGAUGGCAGAAUCAAAACAGGUGACAUUCUGCUCAAUGUGAAUGGAAUUGAUCUGACAGGUGUCAGCCGUGGGGAGGCUGUAGCCCUUUUGAAAAACAUCUCCUCUUCUGUAAUACUCAAAGCAUUAGAAAUGAAGGAGUGCGAGACCCUGGAGGAUGGGACUAGUGACAGCUGGCUGCUUGAUGCCAAUCUGAAUGCAUACAGCCACAGUGAAUGGUCUCCUUCCUGGGUGAUGUGGCUUGAACUACCACGGUAUUUGUACAGUUGCAAAGAAAUUGUAUUACGAAGAAAUACUGCAGGAAGUCUUGGCUUCAGUAUUGUGGGAGGUUAUGAAGAAAACAGUGGGAACAAACCAUUCUUUAUCAAAUCCAUUGUUGGGGGGACACCAGCAUAUAAUGAUGGACGAAUCAGGUGUGGUGACAUCCUCCUUGCAGUUAAUGGCAGGAGUAUCUCAGGAAUGGUGCAUGCUUGUUUGGCAAGGAUGCUAAAAGAACUGAAGGGGAAAAUUAGUCUCACCAUUGUGUCCUGGCCUGGCACUUUUUUAUAAAAACAUAUUUCAACUGAAGAGCAAAACAAGAAAUUGUGUGGCACAAUUCAGCCACUUAAUAUGGAUGGACACCUGUUUGCUCCACUGUAUGGUUAACUGUAUACAUGUAAAAGAAAAAGUUGUGAAAUGUAAAUUGCAUAUAACAGGAAUAAUUCAUGGUAUGUGUUAGAGCAACAUGCACUUUGCAACUAUGGAAGUCUAUUGGGAUCACAUGUCAGGGUACACAUCUUUGCUGCUCUACAUCUCAUAUGUUUGUAUUUUUAUAACUAAUCAAAGCAGCACUAGUAAUAUAAUCUACUUACAAUUUGUAAGAAAGGGAAAACUUUGAGUACCUAAUUUGAAAAUGUACCCAAGCACUCCUGAAUAAAUGUCGCAACAUUUUUACAAACAACAAUUAUGUUGAACAUCUAUUCAAGAUAUAGAAAGCCGUCUGAUAACGUUAAAUCUCUUGCUGGUCAGUAUGACACAGACUUUUUCAAACAUUUGGUUUCCUAGUGUGUAAUAACUGUGAAUGAAAUUUCAUUUCUACUGUCAAAAUAAUUGUAAUUGUUAUUUGUAAGUCAGGUUAUUUUCAUUAAAAAAGCACAAAACCACA